CUUCUAUGUGAACAACGUACAGAGACCGGAUCUGCUCCUCAGCCCUCAGACAUACAUUUCAAAAUAUCUUCCGUACUUAGAUGUCCAUUUGUGAGAAACAGAUCCCGUCACGAGCAUACAGUGUAUUUAUAAUGGUGGGAUCGAGAACCAUUUUAAAUUACGAAAUUAUCCAUCACGUGUCGAGCACAGGGUGCUCAAAAUGACAAACGUAUCGCGCAUUUGAAGUGACCGUACACCUCCAAAUAGCAGAGGGAUCCCCUCAAUCGAUUAACGAGAGAGAGAGAGAGAGAGAGAGAGAGGGGCGGUGUUGAUUGUUGAACUCAAUCAAGUCGUCACUAAUGGGUGCUGGGGAAGGGGAAAGCAGCAGCAGCAGCAGCGUUGCACAUGCAGCUCCACUGACACGCCCUCUUGAAGGCCGGGUGGCAAUAGUCACUGGUGCGUCCGGCGGAAUCGGCCGCGCCAUCGCCCUCCACCUUGCCUCUCUCGGCGCCAACCUCGUCCUCAACUACGUCGGCAUUUCCACCCAACCCCAAGCCCAUCUCCUUGCCCACGACAUCAACUCUUCGUCGUCCCCUUCUUCCUCUCACCCUCGACGUGCACGAGCCAUUCCAGUCGAAGCCGACAUCUCCGAUCCUGCCCAAGUAAAAUGCCUCUUCGAUCAGGCCGAGCAAGCAUUCGGCGCACAACCCCAUAUCCUCGUCAACUCAGCUGGGGUGAGCGACCCCAAAUAUCCAACCAUAGCAAAUACCACGGUGGACGACUUCGACAGGAUCUUCAGCGUCAACGCUCGAGGAGCGUUCUUGUGCUGUAGAGAGGCGGCAAAUCGGUUGAAACGUGGAGGCGGAGGGCGGAUCAUAUUGAUUUCGUCGUCGCAGGUGGGUGGGCUCAAGCCGGGGUAUGGAGCUUACACGGCAUCCAAAGCGGCGGUGGAGACGAUGGUAAUGAUACUGGCGAAGGAGCUCAAGGGGACGGGGAUCACUGCCAACUGUGUGGCGCCGGGACCCAUAGCGACUGAUAUGUUCUUUGCUGGCAAGGGAGAGGAGCAAGUGAACAAGGUGAUUGAGCUGUGUCCACUGGGUCGACUGGGUGAGACCACAGACGUGGCUCCGCUUGUUGGGUUCUUGGCCACUGAUGCCGGCGAGUGGGUUAAUGGGCAGGCAAUUCGCGUUAAUGGUGGCUAUGUCUGACCACUACUGUCUCUGAAACCAUGCUCCCUUAAUUUAACUUAAUUCCUUGGGAGCUUGAGUGUUGUUGCUCCAUAGCUAUUUAAUCUGUUUCCUUUUUUCUUCUUGAUUCUAGUUGUUUUCACUUUUCAGUCGCUCGACGGGUUUGUUAUAAAUGUAUUUGAAUGAGAGAGAGAGAGAGAGAUUAAGGGUGUUCGAGAGAGAAAAAGAAAAUGGAAGAAGAAGAGGUUGAACUACUACUGGUUUACCCCACACCCAUGCAUGAGAAGCGUACAAAUCAUGCUCAGAGAGAUAUUUGAUGACAGAGACAUGCACUCAGACGGCAGAUCCAGAGUCCCUUUCACACAAUUACGCGUCCGUGUUAUUAGCAGAUCCGGAGUCCUCCCAAACUGCCAAGGCUCUCUGAGUUGUUUUCCUUUCCAGAGCAUUCGAUAUUGAUAGGCACCUCUAACAAUGGGAAUUUGCUUCAUCACUCCCCUUUGCAAAGUUAAAAUUUUCUUUACCAUAGUCUGUGAUAGGUGUCCAAAAUGAAAAUAAAGAGAUGCUUGUUUGUUGAUUAA